CGGUGGGAUUUGCGGGUGCUGUCGUCGUGAGAUUGUGUCGAUUCGGAGAAAGGAGAGAAAGGUGAGGACAAGUUUGUAAUUCGCGACAAACAUAAAAUCUCAGAAGCCGCCCAAGUGAAGGUGGGAGGGAGAUCAUGGCCUCUGUCUCAGGGGCUUUGCGCCCAUGCUUGCUGCCUGGUAGUACACUCCGUUCAAUUCCUCGCUGUUACGCCGGAAGAAACAAGUUUACUGUGGGAGCAUUGUGGGAUCAAGUGUCUGGGCGAUCAGGUGUCGUGAAAGGUGCCAACUGGAACCCAGAUCUCACCGGCGGUGCAGCGUCUCCUUUUGCAAACAACAGGACUGAAAGGGUCUUGUUCUACGGAGCCGCUGAGAUUCAGAAGGAACUCUCGAGUGGAAGCCAUUGCUUGAAGUCCUUUUGUACGAAAGCAGUGGGGGGACCCACGUCAUCAGCUACCCAGGCAGGCGCUGAGUCAAGGACGUCAAUUGAACAGGAGAGCAAUUUAGAAGAUCCCGAUUCGCCUUCUACAUGGACGAUCAAAAUGCUAUAUGAUGGAGAUUGCCCUUUGUGUAUGAGAGAAGUUGAUAUGUUGCGAGGAAGAAACAAGACGUAUGGAACCAUCAAGUUCGUAGAUAUUAGUUCAGACUCCUACUCUCCAGAAGAGAACUCUGAUAUCGACUUUGAGGAGGCAAUGGGACGUAUUCAUGCUAUUCUUCGCGAUGGGACCAUCCUCACGAAUGUUGCUGCAUUCAAGCGACUCUAUGAAGAAGUGGGCCUUGGAUGGGUGUAUGCAGUCACCAACUUUGAGCCUGUUGGCAAACUUGCCGAUUCAGUGUAUUCUUUCUGGGCGAAGUAUCGGUUGCCAUUGACAGGACGACCACCUCUUAUCGAGGUGCUGGAAACUCGAAGACAGAAACAGGCGGAGUCCUGCGACAUCGGUGGUUGCCGCACAGACUGAUACAUUUUAUGAGCUUCAAGGUGUUCCAUCUGAUGCUCAAUGUCCAACUGUACAACAUAUCACUAAAUGUCUGGAAGAUGGUAUCUCUUAUUCAUUUAUGUGGAAGUCUUCUUAAAAAUUCUAUUACUUGAGAAUUAUGAGAAAUUCUAUACAUUACAUGAGAAUUGUGCCACACGUUUCUUACUUCCGAGAUCACCUAGAGGCUAUCGCCCAAUUAUUUUUCCACGAUUUUCAGUAGAGAUGGGCAUAUGAUAAACGACCAUAUUUAGAGGAGAGGAAUUAUUGCCUUUCAAUUGGGAUCCUGGUUCUGUGAAGAUAUCCACAAGCUGAUUCACGACCUUUCAUGUAUCAAUCACUAUCUGCAUGAACAAUCCAUUUCAAUCUUUUUCAUACCCCUAUCGUUUAAAAGAAUACUCUUAUUUUAGGCAUCCGGCACUAGACACCACUGGAGUGCAUAACAGGGAACAGCUUU